AUGGAAACUGACGUUUGUUGCUGGAUUUUCGAUUGUAGUGGUGUAGUUGGUGGAGCAAGCCUUUAUGUUCAAGUCUUCCAGGGUUGCGUGAGGAGCUUCGAAUUAUGGAGAAAAGGAGAAGAACUUGCUGAUGAAGCUGAAAUAUUCCAAGCAAGACUGGAAAUGCAAGCGGCAAAAUUGAAGACUUGGAGCGUGGAAUGGGGGCUAGACCGCGGCGCUAAUUCCAUGCAUCUCAAAGACAGGUGUUUCCAGGAGCACGGAGAUGUUGCGGUGAGAUACGUCGUUUUCAUCUAUCAUUUCCUGCAUGAGCUCGGAAAGCUGGGGCAGGAUUUCCCGGCAAUCUCUUCGGCCGGUAACACAUCCAUAUUCGCCGCCUCAUUCAUCACGAAACUGCUUAACAUGGCCAAUCCAAACUCGACAGAGCGAACAGAUCUCGAAGAAAAACUAAGAAGCGCACAGACUGCUGCUGGACUGAAAGAAAAAAUGAAGUGGGCGCUUAAUGACAGCGGGCCAUUGAAGGCUCUUGACCAGUUGAAGAGCUUGGUUGAUGAAUUGCUCGACUUUUUCACGCCCCCGAAAGUUCAUCCUGCAGCAAAACUGGCAUUGAGUAAUCUUUUGGCCACAAUGAGUCUAGCAAAGCUACAAGCAUUGAAGCUCACAGUCGGAUGA